AUGGAUCACCUCCCAGAACCGCUCCAAGCAAUCCUCACCAACGCAACAUCCACCUACCUCCGCUCCACAGCCCACUCCCAACUAACAACCCACCUGUCCACCAUCCGCACGACCAUCGUCGAUCCCUACCUCCUCGCGCCCCUCUCCCACCUCCUCGCCGCCACACUUGGAUCAACAACGAUGCCCGAUUUCAUGUCCGCGCUGGUCCUAGCGGGUAUCCUGUUGGUCUCGCUGAUUAUCCUGGAUUAUAUACGGCGGUUCGUGGUGUGGUGGGUUAUGUGGUGGGUGAGGUUUAUUGUGCGACUGGUCUUUUGGGGAUCCGUCAUUGGUGUGAGUGUCUACGUUUGGAAUGUUGGUGGUGAGCAGGCCGUUCAGGAUGCGGGGAAGAUCUGGGGGUUUUUGAUGGGGUUUUUGGAGGAGGGCGUGGCUAUUGUUGAGGGCAGUGGUGCUGGUGCGAAGGGGAAGGGUGGGCUGAGUAGGUGGUUGUAG